CUUGUAUCAAUUCAAUCGUUGCAACCCUUCGGUACACAAGUGCAUUUUCCGCCCAGAAGAAAAACCACCCAAGAACAUUCAGAAUGAAGUUUUUGAUUGCCCUAUGUACUCUGCUCGUCGUCGCCGCCGCCGUCAACGGGGCUGAUGAUGUCAAGACGACCGAGAAGCGAGGAAUCUACAGUGGAGUGGGCUACGGUGGCCUCGGUUACGGAGGACUCGGAUAUGCCGGAGCUGGCUAUGGUGGUCUCGGAUACGGAGGACUUGGCUACGGAGGUCUUGGCUAUGGUGGACUCGGCGGAGGAUACGGAGGACUAGGAUAUGGCGGUUUGGGAUCUAGCGCUUACUACAGCGGCAUCCGAGGAUACGGUUCCAAGGGAGCUCUCGGCUACGGUGGAUAUCCUGGUGGAUAUUUCGGUCAGGGUGGAUACUUCGGAGGACUCGGCAAUGGAUAUUACGGAUACUAAUGAAGUUGGAACUUGGGUAAACAAUGUUCCAUUCAUUCAAUGAAGGCUGUUCUGUGUUUAUUUUUUGUUUAUUUCUGUAUCGAUAGACUUACCAGUGGGAAGCACUGGAAAAAUAACAUUCGUGUGAAAAUUUUAAGUCUAGAGAAAAUUUUUUUUUGUAUCUCCCGAAAUUGCUCCUCUGUAUCUGUUAAGAUAUUUAUUCAAAGCUUUCUCGACCUGCCAAGCUAGUGUAUUAGAGU